CAUUGGCAAAAAAGAGAAGCGCGUGGUUUAGCGGCAGCGGAUUUGCAUAUUAAUAAACUCAAUCGUACUAAAUAAAAAAAUAUAUACACGUAAAGAAGCGGUAAUCGGAGCUGCAACGUGUGUUAUCAGCUGAAAUCAAGAAAUUGGCGCGCACCGCAACGAGCUAUUGUCGAACGCUCGCCUCGUGGGCCGCUCUAAGAAUGUCGAAUCCGAAUAACAAUGCGAACGCCGCGGCGCAGGAGGAAGACGAUGCUGAAAUGCCCAGUGGUGCAUCAUUAAAUGAUGCAGCCUUGGAUAAUGUUGUAUUUGCGGCUGCCUACCAAAGUGACGAGAGUUCGAUGGAUGCAUUGGAUCAAGCUAUACAAGCCGAAGAGGAAGCUGAAGCUCAAAACGUGGGAAAUUCACUGGAGGCGGGUGCAGAAGUUGAAGUUGAAGCUGAGGCUGAACCCGAAGGUGAGGGCGAGGGCGCAGCUGUCGCUGAAGAUGAUAGCGUUGCCGAUGAUGCUGGCAAUGCUAAUGCCGACGACGAUCCUGCCGCGGACAGACGUUCGGCCACCAAAAAAGAGCUCACCCAAAUAAUUGACAAAUGGGAGCAAGAGCAAACACAAAACGGCUACGAUCCAGUGCCCACACUGAGAAGUCUAGCUGAAAUAUUUGAGCGUGAAAAGGAUUCAUAUAUGCGUAAGGAUCCAGAUCCUUUGGACUUGCGGCAUCCCUAUCGCACCGAUCCCAGUUGCCAAUAUGGUCUACUGCUGAAGUUGCUCUUUCGCAAGGAUCAGUUCAUGGGCAAGCUGCUCAACGAUUAUCUGCGGGAUAACUAUUUUAGUCGCCAGAACAUGAGUCGCAGCUCACUGGAGCUGAAUAUAAUUGCCUGCCGUCUAAUAUUAGUGGUAAUGCCAGGUCUUGAGACGACGGCAGUUUUUCAGACCGCUGAGGAAGAUGGUAUCAUUAAUCGUCUCUAUAACUGGGCGGAGGACAGCAUUGAGCCGCUGCAGAGCUAUGCGACCGGGCUGCUGGCCGCUGCAAUGGAAGUAAGCGAUAUUGCGAUAACCUGCCGGGAACAGAAUAUGCGCUUGGUGCCCAAGAUGAUUAACCGCCUGCACCUGUUGCUUGCCUGCAGUCGCAUGAGUAAAAACACAACAAUAGCAGAGCCGAGCUCCUCGCUUAAUAACUCGGCGGACAGCAGUUUCUCGCCAGGCAUGCUUAGCUGGAUGGCCUGUGGCGCUGCCUCAGCGCCGCAGUCGCCGCAGCAUAACGGCGCCAGCGGGAGUGCGUCCAAUAUGUCUAUUUUGUUUGAGAAUAGCCGCGAUGCGUUUCCACUGUCGCGGUAUUACAAGCGCAUGUAUAUACCACUGCAUCCGCCAACAGCGGACACCAGCCAGAUGCUGAUUAUGCGCUUCCUAACCAGUCUGGGCGAGUACCAAGAGUUUCUAGCCAUGGCAUUUGGUAAUAAUGUAAUGGGUCUGAUCUUCGGUCAUCUCGAAGAGCUAGAUAGGCGCGACACUUGCCUGGCCUACGAGGUCCUCAAGUAUCUGGCCUCGCUUCUCUGCCACAAGAAGUUCGCAUUGGAGUUUAUAUCGCGCGGCGGACUGGAGCUGCUGUUGAAUGUGCCACGGCCCAGUCUGGCCACAACGGGCGUCUCCAUAGCCAUUUACUAUUUGGCUUACUGUGAGGAUGCCAUGGAGCGAAUAUGCAGCAUGCCUCGUCCAUUGAUAUCAAAUCUGGUGCGCUAUGCACUGUGGAUACUCGGCCGCUGUCAUGACUCCUCCAAAUGUCAUGCAACCAUGUUCUUCAGCCUAAGCUUUCAGUUUAAGGCCAUACUGGAUGAGUUCGACUCGCAGGAUGGCCUGCGCAAGCUCUACAAUGUUAUAUCGGUACUGAAAAUUUUGGAUCCCAGUCACAAUGACAGCGAUAACGGCUCGGAUAUUAACGAGGAUGUGGAGUGCGCUUCACGUCAGAUGGUGCGACAUGUUUGCAUCGCAAUGAAGCGCUAUAUGGAGGCGCAUUUCUUCUACAAGUACAACAACUUUCUCUGCCAGCACUAUGCAACAUCAUCGUCCUCCUCGACUCACUACUUCAGUCAGCAGCCAACUGUGGCCGCCAAGCUGACAUUCGAUCAGCUGCACGAACAGUUGCGUACGCUGCAGGAGCACACAUCGGUGCGUGGCCAUUGGGAGCCCGUGGAUCAGCUUAUGAAGCUGGGCGGCAUCACAUUGCUGUUGCGCAUCAUUGCCUUUAGCUACGACUGGGUGAACAGUGGCCGUUCGGAGACGGUGCGCUCGGCCCUGGACGUGCUGAGCGUAUGCUGUGUGAUACCACGCGUCUAUCUGGUGCUCUGCGAACGGCUUCAAAUGCCAGAUAAGACGACAACGUCCGGUUUCUGUUCGGUACUAGGCGCAGCGGCCGGCGAGAUCACAGCCGACGCCGAGGUCUUAAAAUCCGCGCUGGCCGUGCUCUGCCACUGUGUGUGCUCGCCCAUAAUACGCAAGGAUAGCGGGAGCAGUAGUCUUAUGAAGUUUGCCAACUCGUCGCGAAAAAACAAGGCGAACCAGAAAUAUGCCGAGGAGCUGAUCGAGAAGGUGUGGGAGUCGGUGUGCUCAAACAAUGGUAUUGUGGUGCUGUUGUCACUUAUGCAAACGAAGGGUCCAAUCACGGAUGCCGACUGCAUACGCGGAAUGGCCUGCCGCGCCUUGGCUGGCCUGGCACGCUCCGAUCGUGUUCGUCAAAUUGUGGGCAAACUUCCGCUAUUUGCCAGCGGGCAGUUGCAGGCGCUAAUGCGUGAUCCCAUACUGCAGGAGAAGCGAGCCGAACAUGUGAUUUUCCAAAAGUAUGCACUGGAACUGCUCGAGCGCAUCUCGGGCAAGACAAAGCCGCUCAACAAUCCGCUAGAUCCAUCGCUGACUAACAUGCACAAGGCGAACGUGAUUGCCCAGACACGAAUUCAAUACAACGAACAGCAGCUGUAUCAGCUAAUUUUUGAGCAUCUGGAGAGCAAGGGUCUGAGCCAAACGGCUCAGAUGUUGCAGCGUGAGGUGGGUCUGCCCCUGCAGACGACAACGACCCGCAGUUUCCAUCAGUCGCCCUUCGACUACAAAGGUUUCGCCGGCAUCAGUUCACUGUCACGCAGUCGUUUGCGUAGUCGCAUGCAGGAUGUCAAUGCGGCCAUUAUGUCCAGUAGCGACCAGAAUCGCAGUCUUUCGGAGGAUAUGUCGCCACACUGCAGCUCCAGCAUUGGCGCCUCCUCAUCAAUGACGGGCGCAGCGUCUACUACCAUGGGCGUGCCCAACUUUAGCUACCUCAGUGCACAGACACCCAUUAAGCUUCGCAAGACGGAGCGUGCCACAUCAUCGGUCACACGCUCGCUGCAGAAGCAGAUCAGUUUGGCCAACGUAGAGUCGAGCGCUGUGGGCCUGCCAGAUGAGCUGACUAUCUCGCCAGCGCUGCAUCCGAAACGCGUGACACUCAACAGCAUUGUAACAGAGUAUCUAACGAAUCAGCAUUCGCUGUGCAACAAUCCGGUUACCACCUGUCCGCAGUUUGAUCUAUACGAGCCGCACAAAUGCCCCGAUCCACGGCCCAGUCGUCUGGUCAGCUCCAACUAUAAUCUUACCUCCAGGCAUUUUCGCACCCAAGCUGGCUUCAAUACCGCACGUUUCGAUCGCCGUCACGUGCACACACAUUUUGCGCCCUGGCGCACCAUGCGCUCCGCCGACUAUGAUGAUCUGGAGUUCACAUGCUGUGACGUUGUGGGUAAUUACCUGAUCGUUGGCACGCACCAGGGCGAGAGCAAGGUAUUCAACAUGAAUGAUGGCGUCGAGCAGUUCUCCUCCAUAUGCCACACGUAUGGCGUGGACGCGAUUCAGGCGAAUCGCGCCGGUGAUCUGGUGCUGACCACUAGUCUCUGGCGUCUGCGCACCACCAUUUUGUGGUCCAUAACCGACAACGAGUUCCGCUCCAAACUGCGUCUACCCGAGGUCGGCUACUGUGAAUUUAGCCAAACCACGCAGGAUCGUUUACUGGGCACACACACCGAUUGCGCGGUGCUGUAUGACAUCAAUACGGGCUCCAAGGUAUCCACGUUUACGCCCACCAUACCAAAUCAGUACACCAAGAAUCGCGCAACGCUCUGCCGCACCGACGAGCUGCUACUCUCAGAUGGCGUGCUCUGGGAUGUGCGCUCCAGCAAAGAAAUUCACAAAUUCGACAAGUUUAAUCAAUGCAUCUCGGGCGUGUUUCAUCCCAAUUGCUUGGAGAUUAUAGCCAACACGGAGGUGUGGGAUCUGCGCACUUUUCAUCUGCUGCAGACGGUGCCGGUGCUGGAUCAGCGCAAUUGCACGUUCUCGCCAAUGCAUGUGAUAUAUGGCGCUAGUUUGGGCGCUGAUAGAGACCAUGACAUGGAGACAACCACCUAUGAUACUAGCUUUAAUGUUCUGGAUGCGUACGACUAUUCGAGCAUUGCGACCAUCGAUGUGAAGCGUAACAUUAACGAUCUGAGCGUUAGUGCAAAUGGCAGCUUAAUUGCUGUUGUGGAGGAUCACAGCGGCUACGAUUCGAAGCAGGAGACCUAUGUGAAGAUUUAUGCCGUGGGCGUUAAAAAGAGCGAGCGCUCGGAAGAGGAAGAUGAUGAGGAGGUGCCCGAAUCCAAUGAGGAGGGCUCCGAGACGGGUUCGGAUACCGGUUCUGAUAACGCAUUUGCCAUAGGUCCAAAUUUUCUGGGUUUCCCGUUACGCAGCCACCGCAAUCGCAACUUUAUCGAUCUUGAUUCCUCCAGUGAUGAUGAUAAUGAUAGCGAUAUGGAUGACGGUGAUGAUGACGAUGACGACGAUCUUGAAAUUAUAUCCAAUGUCGAUGAAAUUGACUUUGAAGGCGAUGCCAGUAGCGAUGAAUAAAACGCCUCGUACAGAACAGUCCAGAUAAGCCCAGUCGACUAGAACCAACUAUUUUUCGCUGCCUUGGCUCGAAUUGUUAGCGCGUUUCUUUAUAUUCUCGCGAAUUAACUACUUAUUUUUCAGCAUGUCGAGAUCGGAUUUGUCCCCCUUAUUCAACAUAAGCUAUAUAAUCGCUUAGUUUUGUUAGCUGUUAUAUUAAAUUUUAUUUUAUGUUAAAGUUUGUACAAAUAAUUACAAUGUAAAAAAAGCCCCAAAACACAAAAAAAAAAAACUGACCUGUUGAAGAGCAAUAAGCAAAAGUAAGGAAAAAAUGAAACAAGAAAAU